AUGCAAAUAUUUACUCAAACAUAUCAACUUAACCAUCGAUGUGCGCCUUGGCGUACAUUUCGUUAUACAAUCAAUGACAAUGACAAGCCUCUUUAUCAAGUUCGUCGAUCUCGUUUUCGAAAAUAUCGACGAUUUGAAGAUGUAAAUGGUAAAAUUCUUUUUAACAUUGAUGUAACAACAAUUAAAUCACAUGAAAAUGAUGAAACUCUUGCUAAUAUGCAAACUGAUAAAAAAGUAAUCGAUACAAUCAUCGGCAAUUUUACACUUACCAAUGUAGAUCUAUCUCAACGAAAUUAUAUUUUAAAAAUAAAUGAUAACAUCGUAGUACAAGUUGAAAAAAAAGACAGUUUAAUGCUUCGUCAACAUAUUAUUCAUAUGAUAGAUAUCAAUGUAAAAUAUCAAGCAUUUCUUUUUGCACUUCUUGUACUUAUCGAUUCUGUUUUUGAACGAAUACUGAAUAAUAAUAUGUAUCCAAGUCCGAUGUACACACAUAUUCCUGUCAGAUCAUGGAAAUUUUGUAGUGAACAUAAAAAUGAUUCUUACCGUGAAAAUAAUCUUCUUAGUUAUCGUAGUUAA